CUUCACUAUCAACACUACAACACCGAAAAUGGGCUACGACGACGCCAAUGCGUACGGCGCGCAAACAAGUGAGGCGGCCAGCUCGUCCAGCUCCUCAAAGCGCAAGCGGAGCCAACCCCAACCUUCGCUCGACAACGACUCGUCUGACGACAUUGUGUUCCUCGGAGAGUGGAAGAAACCCGUCUACGAGGUUGAAGAUGAAUCGCCAAAGAAGAAACAGAAGAAGCCGAGGGCUCGCAAGGACCCGAAUGAAGAGAAAAGAUUGAAGAAAUGGCGACCCAAAGCCCCGCUGAGCUAUGCGACAAUUCGCGAGCGUGCGGUAUCGCAGCGGAUGUACGUGAUCGAUCGGACUCGUAAGGGGACUAUAGAAGUACCAGAGGAGCAUGUGGAUAUUGUUGGAACGACAGGGAACAUCUACACGGUCUCUAUCAAAUUGGUUCCAGACUGCACCUGUCCGCAUGCAAAGAAGGGCAAUCAGUGCAAACACAUAGUUUACGUCCUUUCACAAGUCCUCAAAGUCACCAGAGACCUAGAAUACCAAGUCGCCUUCCUAUCCUCCGAACUCUGCGAUAUAUUCGAGAAAGCACCCCCAAUCCCGGCCGACGACGCUUCGAGCGAUAACAGCAAUGGGAAACGCAAGCCCAUCGAAGACGAUUGCCCCAUCUGCUGCAUGGAGUUCGAAGCGGCCAAGGAGGAGAUCGUAUACUGCAAGGCAGCCUGCGGAAACAACAUCCACAAGCACUGCUUCGAGCAGUGGGCUGCUGCGAAGAGUGGCGCAAGGGGUGGAGUUACCUGUCCAUUCUGUCGUACGCCAUGGGCUGGAGACGAGGACAUGGUCAAGGACCUUGCCAAGAACGGGAAAGUCAAUGAAGAGGGCUAUGUCAAUGUCGCUAGCCAGCUUGGACUCUCGGGACAAAGAGACUACUCCACCUAUCACUCAUUCUGGGUCCAACGUCAAGCCCGCUACGGACGGAUUUGAGGCCUGCAGUAGUCUAUAUAUGACCUGCUCGAUAACGGGCAUUUCCCGUCUUCUUACCACAGUCUCUGACGAAUGAUGAGAAUGAGUUAGGCCUUUUUCAUAUAUUUUCUUUCUAGUUUCACGAUUCCAAUUUUGAUUUUCUUUCGGGGCAGGUAUUCACGGCACCUGGCUACUCGGAUUCAGGUUCGGCUUCAGCUCUGGCUCUACUGGAAUGGCGUCACGAUUUCUGGUUUCUACACUUCAUCAAAUACCCCUUUCAUCAAACCGACUAGCUGAGUCUGUAAGGGCAAUAAGUCCUUGCAUUUCUGACUUCACAGCACCUUAUUUCAUACCGGUUAGAGCUCACAUAACUCUACGGGCAACCCAAUAAAAGUCUUUCUUGCCCACAUUUUAGUCGAUGAUAUAAUCCUGCACAUAAUGAAUAUUGCACGU